AUGGGCGGCCUCAUUCCUCAGAACUUCUUUUCGUAUUCAAAUGUGAAGGGUAAACAAUCUGACGAAAUGCUCUGUGCCAUAUGUUUGGAAGAUUUUCGUGCUGAAGAUGCCAUUGCUGAACUAGGCUGCAGUCACGUCUUCCACGAGGCUUGCUUCCGAAAGUACUAUAUCCUCAUCGUCCCUCCCCCAUCCUUUUCAGGUGGAUGCGCUAUGGUCCUUCCCCCCGCAGCUGUCCGUCGUGUCGUCGUGAUGUAA